AAGUCAGACAGACAAGCCAGAAAAAUUCAGUCGGAAAAUUCCGCUCAGCAGUCAACAACACAACCGAUCCAAAUAUCUACAAAACAUAUUACUGGACUGGACGGCACUAGAAAGUAAUCGCCAUGAGCCGCGGCGACGCCAUAAACAUAUUGGCGAAAGGAAGCUUCUUCGAGGUAGUCGUCUCGGUGCGCGAGAGGGAGUUGGUUCGGAACCUGCGUGCCCUGGUGGCCGUGCGUUUCGAGCAGGCUAUUCACAAUAUUGUGCUGGUCUUUGGCGGUCAGGUGCUCAGAGAUGCUGGCACUAUCGACGCCAUUGGCAUCACUUCUGGCGUCGUUGUGCAUGUGGUGUGCCGUCGCGACAUUGCGCCCAGCGCUCCGACCACUGUGGCCGCGUGCCCGAAACUGACGUCGCGGGACCGUAUGAUCCGGUCGAAGCCAGUCAACUGCUUGGAAUAUAUGAUGAAUUCGGUCCAGCUUAAGUUCCUGGUAAAGAGUGAUGCGCGCAUGAAGGGCAUUGUGAAGAAGAAUGGGGCGAAGCGUCAUUACAUCAAGAGCACUCACAAAUGGUGCGCGGUGAUUUCGCAGGCCCCCAGUCCGGCCCAGCUGGAGUAUGAUCGCAACCGACGGGAUAUGUUAAUAAAACGCAUGGAGCUCGUCCCUGGUGGGUCCCAUCUGCUCGGUCGCAUCGACAGCAACCUGCGCAGAUCUUACGAGAAUACUGUGGCCUCGACCUAUCAGCAAUUCUCACACGGCCCUGUCAAUGGCGCAAAUUCCCAGCGAGGACUCGAGAACAGACAACCUCUGCCCAACCCUUGGAAGUCGUCCUGCAACGCCUUGAACCUGGGCGGCGCUGAGGCCAUGUCCAUAUUUUUGAGUGCUAUGUACACGUCUUUGCAACAGCGCUAUCGCGAGCAGCUGCAGCAGCUGAUCGAAAUGGGCUUCGAUAAUCAUAUUUACAACAUGAACGCUCUGGUUCUCUCGUCGGGUAGCUUGGAGAAUGCUAUCAAGCUACUGCAAUUCUGGGACCGUCUGGAGCAGCAAUGACCCUUCCCGGCACACACACACACACCCAUGCACGCACACACACACCCUCGGCACACUUUUACGUUUUGGAUCUGUUCUAUGGUACAUACGGACAUACCGCCUGUUUAAUGUAUUAAACAAAUUAAAUAAACUGUGGCUUAACCCCUGA